UAAAAUAGACUUCCCCCCAAGGUAGAUAACUCUAAUCGGUUUCCGGUUUUUCGUCUGCAUUACUUUUUGGUUAAAGAAGUUAGAACGGUGCUACAAGUCUUGUAAUUCUGCUGAAAGAAUCUGUGGGAUAACAUGCCGUUGAAGAAAAUCUGUUGUAUCGGUGCUGGGUACGUGGGCGGUCCAUCAUGUGCCGUCAUCGCAUACAAGUGUCCGCAUCUAGAUGUCGAGGUCGUCGACCUCAGCCAGGAAAGAAUUGACCAAUGGAACUCUGAUGACUUGCCCAUAUUUGAGCCCAAACUUCAUGAGGUCAUCCAGGAAUGUCGAGGCAGAAACCUGAAGUUCUCCACCAACAUCGACCAAGCCAUCCAGGAGGCGGAGCUCAUCUUCAUCUGCGUCAACACACCGACCAAGAACUAUGGCAUUGGCAAGGGCCGAGCUGCUGACCUGAAGUACAUUGAGUCGGCCGCCAGAAGGAUAGCUGCUGUUGCCAAAAGCUCCAAGAUUGUGGUUGAGAAGAGUACUGUCCCGGUCAAGGCGGCCGAGAGCAUCACAGAUAUCCUGAAGGCUAAUGUAAAGAAAGGAGUCAAGUACCAGGUAUUGUCUAACCCGGAGUUCCUGGCCGAAGGCACAGCUAUCAAGGAUCUCCUGAGCCCCGACCGCGUUCUGAUUGGUGGAGAGGAGACCCCAGAUGGGAAGGAGGCUAUCAAUGGUCUCUGCUGGAUUUACGAACACUGGGUACCUCGGAAACAGAUAAUUACCAUGAACACCUGGUCCUCAGAGCUGUCAAAACUGGCAGCCAAUGCAUUCCUUGCACAGAGGAUCUCCAGUAUCAAUGCCAUGUCAGCUGUGUGCGAGGCAACAGGUGCCGAUGUGUCGGAAGUGGCCAACGCCAUUGGAACAGACAGUAGGAUCGGGCCCAAGUUCCUGCAGGCUAGCGUAGGUUUUGGGGGGAGCUGCUUCCAGAAAGACGUCCUGAACCUGGUGUAUCUCUGUGAGUGCCUCAACCUGCCUGAGGUGGCCGACUAUUGGCAGCAGGUUAUCAACAUCAACGACUUCCAGAGACGAAGAUUUGCCAACAGGGUUAUAGAAUGCCUCUUCAACACAAUCACAGGCAAAAACAUUGCAAUCCUCGGCUUUGCCUUCAAGAAGGACACAGGGGAUACAAGAGAGUCUGCAGCAAUCUAUCUGUGCAAGUACUUAAUGGAAGAGGGAGCCAAACUACGGAUAUACGACCCUCAGGUUAAACACACACAAAUUAUCAGUGAAUUAACAGAACCAUCUCUGUCUCAAGACCCAGACACAGUGUCGGAGUUGGUGUCCAUCCACCCUGACCCCUACACUGCUUGUGAUAGCUGUCACGCACUAGUCAUAUGUACCGAGUGGGACGAGUUCAAGCACCUGGACUACCAACAGAUCUACAAGAAGAUGCUGAAGCCAGCGUUUGUGUUUGAUGGGCGAAUGAUCGUCAAUCACCAAGCCCUCAUUGACAUUGGUUUCCAUGUGGAGACGAUAGGCAAAAGACUCACUCGCAAAAACAUCAAUCGCCAAGUGGCUCCUGCUGCUCAGUAGGCCGGACCAACAGCAUCUCCGUCCAGAACAGUCCCAGAACAGUCCCAGAAUAGUCCCAGUUGGAAACAGCCCACCAUGUUUCUGGCAAACUUUGUGUGGAUAUUUGUUUACCCCAUAGUUUUCUAUAUCACUUACAACAUUAAAAAAGGCACUCAGCUCAGAUUUGCAGCCUGAUGAGUUUGAAUCAACUCAUUCAAAAUCUACAUUCUAUCUGCAUUCUGAUUGGAUCCUCAGCUUUUCUCUGUUGGACCUUGAUUUUGCGGACGACUGUAUUACCAUGAAAGAAAAUAUUUAUUAAAACCCACCCGUUCAGCAAUGUUGCUAAAUAACAGGAUGUUGUUCCUUCGUUAUUUACUGCAACUGUGGUAAAAUAUUUCUAGUCAAAAAGUUGACAAACACAUAUUGAGAGAGUGUAUUGCAAAUACUUCGAGAGUGACUUUUGGCAAUACACCAUCACAAACUGUGAUAUUAUCUCUACUGCGUCACAGUGCUUUGGCUUCCUAUCCGUAGAACUUUAUGACGUCAUAAUAAUGGAUGUCAGUGUCAAUAAUGCUUGCAGGAUAUCUCCUGUAUGAUUUUAUGGUGUCUCAGUGACGUGGUUCUACUGAUACCUGAAUUCACCCUUUCAACCUACUGAAAAUAUUAAGCUCAGCCGACACCGCACCACCUCUCAUUUCCACUGUAACCAAAGAGUUUGUGUUUCUUUGUCAUUGUCAUGGUAGAAUGGAGAUAAACCAACUGUGUUUUCAAGUUAGAGGUUUCGCAGUUCGAUUUGAUACCUUUAAAUUUUUCAAAUUUGAAACCUCUCGUAAUCGUGUUCAGUUUCUAAUGAAAUUUUUCAGGAAUGAAUCUAUGCUUGAAAUUCGAUUUCAUACCUUUAAUUUUUUUUAAUUUGACACCUCUAGUUAUUGUGUUCAGUUUCUAAUGAAACUUUACAGGAAUUGAAUCUAUGCUUGAAAUUCAAUUUGAUACCUUUACGUUUUUCCAAAUUUGAAACCUCUAGUUAUCGUGUUCAGUUUCUAAGGAAAUUUUACAGGAAUUGAAUCUAUGCUUGAAAUUCAAUUUGAUACCUUUAAUUUUUUCAAAUUUGAAACCUCUAGUUUUCGUGUUCAGUUUCUAAUGAAAAUUUACAUGAAUUGAAUGUCUGUUUGACACCUCAACAAGUAGGUUCAUCUCCUAAUUGUAUCCCCGUAACUUUGGUAGAUGAACCUGGUCUGUGGGUGGCACAUGGUCCUGUGUACAGCGCACUGGUCACAAGUCAGUGAACUUGGUCGUGGAGAGUCGUUGGAGGGGUGACCAUGUUUAGCAGUUAGACUCCCGAUAGUUUCUAGGGCUUCGGUCCUGACCUACACUCAAGCACAUGUGGUGUCUCCUUAGGAAAGUGACUUUGUUCGAAAUAUGUCUCAUAUAAUAUGACCCAGUAGGAUCAGAUGGUGCUGGACUGUAUGCUCCACAGGGAGCAGAGAAUGAAAAUCAAGUGCACUGAUUGAUUGACCAGGGUAAUAAUGUAGCACUUUCAGCUUGCUUUAGGCAGUGGAUUUGACGUAUUUCACAUAGGGACAUUAUUGUUAUUAUUUUUAUUAUUAUUAUUAAGGAGGACCAUGUUCUGUGGUUUGGAGCGCAGUCUAGAUCUAGACAUUGUAAACAGUGUCCGAUGUGCACUUUAUUUGAUGAAUAUUAUCCAAACCGAUUACUUUUACAGAUGUGGUUCUUUGUACAUUACGGCUGCCAAGUCGUGACCAGUAUUCAGGGUGCUUCGGGGAUAGUUUGUGUCUCUCGCACCCAUCUCAUCUCACCUAUCCCCAACAGUUCUGACUCUUUCUUAGUAUUUAAAGGGGGCAUACGUGAUGCCUCGUCGUAGGCUAUACAAUUCUGAGUGCAGAGUUGCUUCCCUUAGUUUUGCAAGGAUCUGCUGAUUGUUGGUGCAUAUCUAAGAUUUUCCUUAAUUUCCCAUCAUCUAAGGCCUCAAAACUUUCUGUGCAGAGUUACUUCCGUUAGCUUUGCAAGGUUCUGCUGAUUAUUGGUCCAUAUCUUGAUUCAUGAUUCUUAGUCUUGCAGCACUACACUCAUGCUUGUAGAUCUCGGCAAAGUGGUAAAGAUCUACAACUACAUCACAUCAGAUGUUCCUCCCUCAUCAAGCUGAAAGGCUGGAAUCAAACUGGUUUGACUGUCCUUUCAUGGGUGAUGAAUGAGAGAAAAAAAAUUCAAAAAUGUAUCCGAUAAUUCACCUAAAUGACAACUAAUCGAUUAUAAUCCCUGUCCACUGCAACACCUGUUAAAGAGAACAAAUCUCACCUAACAGAAGGGAAUACUUGUUAAGUAAACACAGUAAAUAGCCCACAUGUAUGACUUGUGUUUUUUUUUCCUAGGCUAAAUUAACUCACCCACUUAAUUCUAUGUAAAAAAGAUACUUCAGUCACACAAAGUUUUUUUGCUUUUUGUUUGACCUACCAACGCUCUUUUGUUACAUCAAUGUUAACUGUAAAACAAAAUAGUGUGGCCUUGAAAUAUGUAGACUCUUAUAGUCUUCGUCUUCCUGUUGUCUUCCUUUUGGUGCAUGGUUAUGUCAACAUUGCCUUACUCUGAACGCUAUCUUGUCAAUGCUGAAAAGAGUAUACAGCUAACAUCACUAUAUGAGCCAUCUUAAUGACAGGGGGCACGGGUGGCCCAGUCGCUUAAGGCGCCGCGAUUCGCUGUGCAGAGUUUCAUCCCUUGGGCACACCAGAAACCUAUGA